AUGACUAGGAUUGCCAUGGAAGAAGAGCUCAUUCCUGUUGCUGCCCUUGAUGCCCCCGGGCAAAGCCUCCCUGAUAGACUUUUCUUCCUUACAGGUUUUGGGCUCUUUUACUUGGGUUACAAACGUCCUACUUUGGUCCUUCCUAUUAGCACAGAAUUGGACCCAUGGGAGCAGACUUUGGGCUGUCUGAAGCCAAGAAUCAAUAUACGGGAAUUGGUCAGGGUGUCUGGGAGUCCAGACCAUAAUUUUGUAAAUGACCUGGAGAGUGGGGGUGUUCCUGACCUGAAGGACCUCCCUGCCUGGGAGGCCCUACCUGUGAGACCUCUAAGAGGUCUCUGGGGAGGUGAUCAGUCUUCCCAUCCACCUUCAGCAAGGUCGGGGCGCUUGGGUAGCUCAGGUUCCCCACAGGAUCUGGUGGGGAAUCUGGGCAUGAUCUUCAUAAUCCAAAUCACUCCUAAGCUCCACACACCCAUGUACUUUUUCCUCAGCUGCCUUUCAUUUGUAGAUGCCUGCUAUUCCUCUGCAAUUGGACCAAAAAUGCUAAUCAACCUUCUAGUUGUGAGGGGAACCAUUACUUUCUCUGGGUGUAUGGUACAACAUUUGUGUUUUGGGGUGUUUGUUACCACAGAAGGCUUCUAGUUGUCAGUGAUGGCCUAUGACCGAUAUGUGGCCAUUGUCAACCCUUUACUCUACAGGCUAGCCAUGUCUAAGAGGAAAUGUGUAGGGCUGGUCACUGGGUCAUGGAUAUGUGGAAUAAUUAACUCAUUAAUACACACAGUAAGUUUAGGUAGACUGUCCUUCUGUAGGCUGAAUGUUGUCAGUCACUUCUUCUGUGAUAUUCCCUCACUCCUAAAGCUGUCUUGUUCUGAUACUUCCUUGAAUGAAUUGUUGCUCUUAACCUUCUCUGGAGUCAUUGCCAUCGCCACCUUCUUGAUUGUGAUCAUUUCCUACAUGUUCAUUGUUUUCGCUAUCCUGAAGAUCCGGUCAGCAGCAGGCGGACAGAAAGCCUUCUCCACCUGUGCCUCCCACCUGACUGCUGUGACCAUAUUCUAUGGUACCUUAAGCUUUAGUUACAUCCAGCCAAGUUCCCAGUAUUCCGUAGAACAGGAGAAGGUGGUUUCUGUGUUCUAUACACUAGUGAUUCCCAUGUUAAACCCACUUAUUUACAGUCUGAGAAACAAAGAGAUAAAGGGUGCUGUGGGAAGGGCCAUAGAAAUGAAACAUUUCCCCUGUUAA